AUGUUGAAAACAAAGCGACCUGUUCAGGAGCACGAGUCUGGAAUCGGAAUAAAGUUAGACUACAGCGACACCUACUUUGAGAAUGAGAUCCUUGAUAGCGAGUUGGAGAGCAAGCUUGCUCAGAUCGGCAGAGAGCGCUACCGUGUCAGCGUGGAGCGGGCCGAAACUCUUAAAGAAGCGCGAAAGGUUGCGGAGAACAUGCAACAACUAAGUGAUGCUAUUAAAAAAGGCGCGAUCGGAGACAGCGUGAGUAUAUUCACCGGAGGAAAGGAAUGUAGGCAUGUUGAAGACAAAUCGAGUGAGAAAAGUGCUGACACAAGUAUGGAUAAUCUGUGCAACGAUGUGAAUCGGAUUAAUACUAACAACAAUCAUCAGGAUUCGGACACAGUAAGUGAAGCGAAAGGUAGUGAUACCGACUCCGACAAACCACGACGAACUAUGAAUACACUUACAAUGUUCGCAUUGUCAAUGCAGAAAUUUGCAUCGCCCAUUAGACAGCGCCUUCCGAUACAAACCCCCGCGGACACAAGAACGAAACAGGAGACCACACCCGCGCGGUCUUCACAUCCACAAAAACGACAAGCUCGCUCAGCCUUUGCACGUGCACCAGGUCAACGAGCGUUUUCGCGCCUGGAUCGGCGACCUAAAUCUCAAAGACCUGUCACGUUUCGACAGCGAAGGGUCAAAGACGGAGAAGUGCUCGAGGCUUCGGAUAUCAUGCCAGUUAUGGUUUAUGAGAUAAAUUUACAUCAACGAAAGCAAACGAGAUCUCGAAGGGAACUACAAGAAAUGAGCAAGAUGGAGCAAAAGGAACUUAAUUUGAAAAUAGACCGACAAGAAGAAAGAAAGCAAAAACUAUUCAAUUGGGCAAAAGGUGGUGAUGAAUUAGAAGAAAGGAUUAAAAGUUUUGUGAAAAAUUGUGAGGAAUUUAACAGAAAAAGACAACCUCAUGAAAUAGGAUUUGAUUCUCCUCGGAGAUCGAAAACUGUUAUGUAUUAG